AUGGCGGUUCGUGCGCAGUUUGAGAACUCCAACGAUGUUUUCGAGGCGGAAUUACAAGACGUCAUUCCGAUUUGCCAUGCAACGAUCGCUGGUACCCGCAUUGUUGGUCGGUUAACCGCUGGGAAUUGCAUCACUCUUUUUUUUUUUGAGGCAGGGGGAUACAUACGGCUAACCGCAAUUGAACUUGAUAUACAGCAACCGCAAGGGUCUCCUCGUGCCAACCUCGACUACAGACCAAGAAUUGCAACACUUGCGAAAUUCUCUCCCAGACUCGCGCUCAUACAUCCCGAUCUUGAACGGGAAACGGAAGAGAUAAUUGCCGAUGUACUGGGGGUCGAAGUCUUCCGCCAAACCAUUGCCGACAACGUUCUCACAGGCUCGUAUAUGGCUCUCUCCAACCAAGGAGGCAUCGUUCACCCGAAAACAUCCAUUCGCGACCAGGAUGAACUUUCAUCCUUGCUACAAGUGCCCCUUGUUGCUGGCAGUGUCAACCGCGGCAGCCCUGUCGUGGGUGCUGGGAUGGUCGUCAAUGACUGGCUGGCCGUUACCGGUCUCGACACGACUGCCACCGAGCUGAGUGUCGUGGAGAGUGUCUUCCGCCUUGGUGAAAUGGGUGCCAAGGGUCUUGGGAUGGGAAAUGUCAACAAAGAGAGUAUUGUGGAGAGUUUCUAUUAA